AGUGACGGAGCGAGCGGCUGUUGGAGGAAGGAGGUGGGGGCCGGGAGCGCAAAUGGCGUUGAGAUGGUUCAGGGCCCUGUUCAAACUCCAGCGCUGACCAUUCACCGGCGGAAGCGGCGGCGCAGGAGGCGGCGGCGGCCCAGAGGGGGCACGUAGCUGGCUCCGGGACCGGCUGUGGCGGCGGCGGCCCGGGAGGCCUAGGCUCGGGCUCUGCUGGCGGCGCUCAAGGCGGGGAGGGAAGUUGCGGUGCCGCCGCUCCUCCCCCCCUCCGCCGGGUUUCCUAUUUACCGAGAGCCGAGUCGCGGGUUCUGACGGCGGCGGAGCGCCGGGCCCCUCUUGGCGCACCCGCCGGCCCUCUUCUCCCGCGCGGGCUUCCCGCGCCACCCGUGGGCCGUUGGGAGCGGGAGAGGCGGAGGCGGCCUGAGGCCAGAGCACCCGCCAGGCGCCGAGGAGAAUAUGAAACAGGUGUCAAAAUGACAUCCAGAUUUGGGAAAACAUACAGUAGGAAAGGAGGAAAUGGCAGUUCAAAAUUUGAUGAAGUCUUUUCCAACAAACGGACCACUCUUAGCACAAAAUGGGGAGAGACCACAUUUAUGGCUAAAUUAGGGCAGAAGAGGCCCAAUUUCAAAGCAGAUAUCCAAGAAAUUCCGAAGAAACCUAAGGUGGAAGAAGAAAAUACUGGCGAUCCUUUUGGAUUUGAUAGUGAUGAUGAGUCUCUACCAGUUUCUUCAAAGAAUUUAGCCCAGGGUAAGGGUUCCUCUUAUUCAGAAUCUAGUGACGCUGCUCAGCUGGAAGACAUCACUUCUGUACUUGAAGCUAAUAGCAAAAUUAGUCAUAUGGUGGGUGAAGACAGUGUUGUAUCUGAUAAAUGCUUACAUUUGGAGGAUACUUUGCUUGGGAAAGAAAAGAGCACAAACCGUAUUUUAGAAGAUGAUGCAAGCAAAGGUAGCUGUGCUAAAUUAAUGACUUCAGAAAAAGUGGAGAAUUUUAGUGAAGAACAUGAAAAGAACAGUCACCAUAUUUACAAAAAUGCCGAAGACAGUACCAAGAAACCCAGUGCAACAACUACAGUGACUUCUGGACACAAAACUGAUGAAAUCAAAGAAACAAAUGAUACUUGGAACUCCCAACUUGGAAAAAGAUCAGAAUCUCCAUCAGAAAUAUCCCCAGUUAAGGGAUCUAUAAGAACUGGUAUAUAUGAAUGGGAUAAUGAUUUUGAAGAUAUCAGAUCAGAAGGUUGUAUUUUAAGUUUGGAUAAUGAUCCUCUUUUGGAGAUGAAGGAUGAGGAUUUUAAAAAUCGGUUGGAAAAUCUAAAUGAAGCCAUUGAGGAAGACAUCAUGCAAAGUGUUCUUAGGCCAAGCAACUGUAGGACGUACUGUAGGGCUAAUAAAGCAAAACCCUCACAAGGAGCAUCAAAUUUUGAUAAGCUAAUGGACGGCACCAGUCAGGCCUUAGCCAAAGCAAACAGUGAAUCAAGUAAAGAUGGCCUGAAUCAGGCAAAGAAAGGCAGUGUAAGUUGUGGGACCAGUUUUAGAGGGACGGUUGGACGGACUAGAGAUUACACUGUUUUGCAUCCAUCUUGCUUGUCAGUUUGUAAUGUUACCAUACAGGAUACUAUGGAACGCAGCAUGGAUGAAUUUACUGCAUCAACUCCUGCAGAUUUAGGAGAAGCUGGACGUCUGAGAAAAAAGGCAGAUAUUGCAACUUCUAAGACCACUACUAGAUUUCGACCUAGUAAUACUAAAUCCAAAAAGGAUGUUAAACUUGAAUUUUUUGGUUUUGAAGAUCAUGAUGAGACAGGAGGUGAUGAAGGAGGUUCUGGGAGUUCUAAUUACAAAAUUAAGUAUUUUGGCUUUGAUGAUCUCAGUGAAAGUGAAGAUGAUGAUGAUGAUGAUUGUCAAGUGGAGAGAAAGACAAACAAAAAACGAACUAAAACAGCCCCAUCACCCUCCCUGCAGCCUCCUCCAGAAAGCAAUGAUAAUUCCCAGGACAUUCAGUCUAAUACUAAUAAUGCAGAAAACUUGGAUUUUACAGAGGACUUGCCUGGUGUGCCUGAAAGUGUGAAGAAGCCCACAAAUAAACAAGGAGAUAAAUCAAAGGAAAAUACCAGAAAGAUUUUUAGUGGCCCCAAACGGUCUCCCACAAAAGCUGUAUAUAAUGCUAGACAUUGGAACCAUCCAGACUCAGAAGAACUGCCUGGUCCACCAGUCGUAAAACCUCAGAGUGUCACAGUAAGGCUGUCUUCAAAGGAACCAAAUCAAAAAGAUGAUGGCGUUUUUAAGGCUCCUGCACCACCACCCAAAGUGAUUAAAACUGUGACAAUACCUACCCAACCCUACCAAGAUAUUGUUACUGCACUGAAAUGCAGAAAAGAAGACAAAGAAUUAUAUACUGUUGUCCAGCAUGUGAAGCACUUCAAUGAUGUGGUGGAAUUUGGUGAAAAUCAAGAGUUCACUGAUGACAUUGAGUACUUGUUAAGUGGCUUAAAGAGCACUCAGCCUCUAAACACACGUUGCCUUAGUGUUAUUAGCUUGGCUACUAAAUGUGCCAUGCCCAGUUUUCGAAUGCACCUGAGAGCACAUGGAAUGGUAGCAAUGGUCUUUAAAACAUUGGAUGAUUCCCAGCAUCAUCAGAAUCUCUCCCUUUGUACAGCUGCCCUCAUGUACAUAUUGAGUAGAGAUCGUUUGAACAUGGAUCUUGAUAGAGCUAGCCUGGAUCUAAUGAUUCGACUCCUAGAACUGGAACAAGAUGCUUCUUCAGCUAAGCUACUGAAUGAAAAAGACAUGAACAAAAUUAAAGAAAAAAUUCGCCGGCUAUGUGAAACUGUACACAACAAGCAUCUUGAUCUAGAAAAUAUAACGACCGGCCAUUUAGCAAUGGAGACAUUGCUGUCCCUCACUUCUAAACGAGCAGGAGACUGGUUUAAAGAAGAACUGAGACUUUUGGGUGGUCUGGAUCACAUUGUAGAUAAAGUGAAAGAAUGUGUAGAUCACUUAAGUAGAGAUGAGGAUGAAGAGAAACUAGUAGCCUCACUCUGGGGAGCAGAGAGAUGUUUACGAGUUUUGGAAAGUGUAACGGUGCAUAAUCCAGAGAAUCAGAGCUACUUGAUAGCGUAUAAAGAUUCACAACUCAUUGUUUCAUCAGCUAAAGCAUUACAACAUUGUGAAGAAUUGAUUCAGCAAUAUAACCGAGCUGAGAAUAGUAUAUGUUCACCUGACAGUAAGUCUCUGCCUCACCAGAAUGUAACUAACCACGUGGGCAAAGCAGUGGAAGAUUGCAUGAGGGCCAUCAUUGGGGUGUUGCUCAAUUUAACCAAUGAUAAUGAGUGGGGCAGCACUAAAACAGGAGAACAGGAUGGCUUGAUUGGCACAGCAAUGAACUGUGUGCUUCAGGUUCCAAAGUACCUACCUCAGGAGCAAAGAUUUGAUAUUCGAGUGCUGGGUUUAGGUCUACUGAUUAAUCUAGUGGAGUAUAGUGCUCGGAAUCGGCAUUGUCUUGUCAACAUGGAAACAUCGUGUUCUUUUGAUUCUUCCUUUUGUGGUGGAGAAGGAGAUGAUAGUUUAAGGAUAGUAGGACAAGUUCAUGCUGUUCAGGCUUUAGUUCAGCUAUUCCUUGAGCGAGAGCGAGCAGCCCAGUUGGCAGAAAGUAAAACAGAUGAGUUGAUCAAAGAUGCUCCCACCACUCAGCAUGAUAAGAGUGGAGAGUGGCAAGAGACAAGUGGAGAAAUACAGUGGGUAUCAACCGAAAAGACUGAUGGUACAGAAGAGAAACAGAAGAAGGAGGAGGAUGAUGAAGAACUUGACCUCAAUAAAGCCCUUCAGCAUGCUGGCAAACACAUGGAGGAUUGCAUAGUGGCCUCAUAUACAGCGCUGCUUCUUGGGUGCCUCUGCCAGGAGAGUCCAAUCAAUGUGACCACUGUGCGGGAGUAUCUGCCAGAAGGGGACUUUUCAAUAAUGACAGAGAUGCUCAAAAAAUUCUUGAGCUUCAUGAAUCUUACUUGUGCUGUUGGAACUACAGGCCAGAAAUCUAUCUCUAGAGUGAUUGAAUACUUGGAACAUUGCUAGCUGCUUUACCUUUGCUUCAGGUGCUCGGUAUUGCUGGAGCUAUUGUUAGACAAAGAAAGAAGUCCUUGAAGAUAUACCAAGAACAUUCAUCAGUAUCAUGUUUGGAUUUUUAAGGCCACCUGAUUUCUUCGUCAUGCGUUCUGCAUUUGCUAAAUGACAGUUACUACAUCAAUCUGCAACUAUCAAAAAUGAGGGAAAAGGUUCAGGCUGUUAACAAUUUCCAUGCAGUAUUUAAAUACACUUACUUUGGCAGAGUUUAUACUCUCCCCUUGUUCUCUUGCUUUAUUCUGGGCAAGUUUUAAGGGGAAAAUUUGCUGCUGUUAGUGCAACUGCUGUGUAUGUUGAGCCACUGUUGUCAUGCCAGCCAGGUGCAAAGGCAGCUUAGCUACUGAGGUAUUGAAUGUUCUAAGGACAUUCUAGACAACAGCUUAGUUCCUUUUUCAGGCUCAUUUGCUUUUGCUUUUUUGUUGAAUGAUUCCAAUCGUAAAUAAAGCUUUUAAUAAUUUUGUGAA